GCAUGCGACUCACACUGGCUUCGCCCAACUCAAACCAACGCAAUCUAAUUCUUGAUCGGUCUGAUUCGGAACCUCUACUACAAUGCCAACCCCAACAGGGUACCGCGACCACAAACACAAGAAAAGGGACAAAAAUCACAAGCGCAAACGCCUUGCUAACUCCCCCCCCGAGACCUCUAAAAAGGCCCGUACCACCACCACCUCUUCCCCCUCCCCAAAACACCAUGGUAAUGCCUCCUCCUCCGCCUCCGCGGCCCCCGACUCACCCGCGAACAAAACCCCUUACCACGCAAUCAGGGCGAGCCUCUACCUAACACUCUCCCCUAAAUACUCCUAUAAAACCCCCCAAUCACCACACACAACCCCACUCUCCGGCAUUCAGAAGGACCACCUGGACCCACUGCUAAUGUCCUACUUUGAGCCUGUUAACGGGGUCGUACUUGCCUACCGAAAUAUAUCGUUCGAGAACGAUUGCGCCAGAAUCGUGGGCGAGUCGCCAUUCGCACAUGUUUGGGUUUUUGUCGAGUUUUUGGUUUGGCGGCCAGUGAGGGGGAUGCUGCUCAAGGGGUGGGUCAAUAUGGCGGGGGCUAGUCAUGUGGGACUGCUUGUUGAGAAUACGUGGAAUGUGGCCAUCCCCAGGGAGAGGAUCCCGGAGAGUUGGAGCUGGGUUGAGGAGGUAGGAAUGGAGGUCAAUGGAGAGGGGGCAGCUGUGGGAGAGGGUGCGGGGGUGAAUGGAGGAUAUUGGGUGGAUGGCGAUGGCAAGAAAAUAGAGGCCUUCAGAAAGUUUAAGAUUGAAGCAGUGAAAGCAAUGGGUCAUAUGGUUUCCAUGGAGGGCAGUUUGUUAGGUGUCGAGAGACGAGAGAAGAAGCCUCGAAGGGAACGUGCCGGAUAACAGCUAGGAAGAUUCUGUAUAUCUACUAGUACGCUGUGGGAUGUGAAUAACAUCGAUAAUCCCUCUUUUACUUUUAUAUAUAUCUUAGAUCCUAUAGAUAAUAAAAUUCUGUGCUAUUCUGAUCA